ACUUAGUGCUUCCCUCUAGUAAAGAAGGAUUUCAGGAUAUUGGUGCUGGUAGCACUGGGAUCAUAUGAGCCGCCACUCUUCUCUCAGGAAACGCAACCAGCUCCUCACAUCACGGAGGCCCAGCAUGAAUGUUAACUGUGCUGGUGGGACAGACUGGUCAAGAAAUCCAGAGUCCACUUGCUCUGUGGAAAACAUAACUGUAGCAGUCCAUGAGUCAGAAGAAAGUAAUGUGGUGCUAGGAGGUCACAGCCCUGCUGCAGUUCCCAGGACUGAGGGUUUAGAUUCUGAAUGCCGACACACUGCUUGUCCAGUAAGUCCCCAGAUCAGCAUGUUGUCUGCUCCUGAAGACACGCACAGCUGUCAUUUCCAAGACACAAAUAAGAGACAGUCAGAAUAUUUUAGUACCCAGGACCGCCAUGGAUGCUGCACUUUGUCUUCAAGCACCAAUUCACAAACAGUGGCUCCAGAGAAAGUGACGCUUGUGGUCGAUGGCACUCGCUUUGCAGUGAAUCCACAGAUUUUCACUGCUCACCCUGAUACUAUGCUGGGAAGAAUGUUUGGACCAGGAAGAGAAUAUAAUUUCACCAGGCCAAAUGAAAAGGGAGAAUACGAAAUCGCAGAAGGAAUUAGCUCAGCUGUGUUCCGGACUGUGCUGGAUUAUUACAAAACCGGAAUCAUUAACUGCCCUGAUGGGAUUUCCAUCCCAGACCUUCGAGACACAUGUGAUUACCUGUGCAUAAACUUUGAUUUCAACACAAUCAAAUGUCAAGAUUUAAGUGCUCUGCUACACGAGCUCUCCAAUGAUGGUGCUCACAAGCAGUUUGAUAGCUACCUGGAGGAGCUAAUUCUGCCUAUAAUGGUGGAUAGCGCAAGGAAAGGGGAACGCGAAUGCCAUAUUGUCGUGCUGACAGAUGAAGACACCGUGGACUGGGAUGAAGAUCAUCCACCUCCAAUGGGAGAGGAGUACUCGCAAAUCCUUUACAGUUCCAAGCUGUACAGAUUCUUCAAGUACAUUGAGAACCGUGAUGUUGCAAAAGCCGUGUUAAAGGAACGGGGCCUGAAGAACAUUCGCAUUGGCAUUGAAGGAUAUCCCACCUGUAAAGAGAAGGUGAAGAGGAGGCCUGGCGGCCGAUCAGAAGUGAUAUACAACUAUGUUCAACGGCCAUUCAUCCAGAUGUCGUGGGAAAAGGAAGAAGGCAAAAGCCGUCACGUUGAUUUCCAGUGUGUGCGGAGCAAGUCUCUAACAAACCUGGUCACUGUGGGUGAUGACGUUUCGGAGGACCAUGAGGUUAUGAUGCAUCACCCCCCACAAGUAGAUGAACUUGACAGGCUAAACGCACCAUUCUCCCAAAUGGCUGUUAACGAUCUACCAGAUUAGUUGUGGCUCAGGGUGGAUAGUCCUGCUCGAUGUGGGAACAUCUCAGCAUAGUUUCAUCCCAGGUGAUGGAACACAGACUCCUGCAAGGUGCUUUAUCCUCGUUCAUGCUCUUACUACGUUGUCAUAUUUCAAGCAUGUUAAUAAAGAGCCACACUCCAUAGUCUUAAUUGUGCAAUCAAAAGCAACAUCUCCUCAAA